AUGUCACUCAUAGAACUUCCAGCCGAGAUCCUUCUUCAAAUCUUCGACCAUGUGGGCUCAUCAUACUUCCGCUCAGAUCUAUCACGCCUCAGAGUCUGUAAGCGAUGGAACGGACUUGCCCAUAUCGUGUGCUUUCGCGAGGCCUGCAUCACGACCAAGAUGCUACGAAGAAUGGCGUCGUCUCCGUACGCGGAGUCAAGUCUCCGCGAGAUGGAGAUUCUCGACCUGAACCUGGAAGGCUUCGGCACUGUCCGGCCGGGGACUGUCUUGGACCCAAAAGAUUCCAGCUGGAAUUACGUCCCGGAUCAAUCGUCAUUGCAAAGGAGGACAAUGGAACUAAACGACGAUCUCGUCCACCUCGCCACCAUCAUCAAACAAUCCCGAAAAUUACGCACCCUGCGCAUCAAAGCUAUCAAGCCAUCGAACCCUGUUUUUGAAAUCCGAGAGACGUACCUCUUCCCAUCCACGUUACGCGCCUUGCUCCUAUCAACCAGCAACCUGACCGCCCUGGAGCUAGACCUCUACGGUACUCGACCAGAACCAGAGGGUCAUCCCCACCACGGCGAUGACGGCCACGUCUGCCCGAUGAUCGGCGCGCUUCUCCCAACGUUGCAGCGUCUACGGCUGCGCGUGCGCACCAUCUGCGCCGAUGCCCUUAAACCCCCGCGAGACUUCCCCGGUCCUCUUCCUUUGCGUGUGCUGCUCGUUGACUUUGUUUUGACCGAGGAGCUGGCAAACGAAAAGUCAAGGUUCACCGCACGCUGCGGUGGCCCGGGGAGAUUUGUCAGGUUGGCCCAGGUGGUGAGAGGGGUUGUUCUGAGCCGGGCGCGGGCUCUUUUGCCACAUAUGUCUGCUCCCAAGAUGGUGAGGAUACUGACGCGUACGUUUUCGGGCGAUGAGAUUCAAGGGAUUAAUGUGUUGACUGGUAAGAAUAUUAAAGUCAAAAAGGAUGCGGAGUGGGAUGGUGAUUCUGAGGUCAUGAUGGAUUGA